UUUAACGCAUCAUUUUCCGAGAUUCCAUGGCAACUGUGCUACUACCCGUAGAUCUAUUCGCUGCUACCGUUGACUUGUAACCACGUCAACCGUUGGGCUGUUCCCCGGCGUUAUAUUAGCACACCGGGUGGCACCUCGUUCCCCACGACGCCCUCCGCGUGUUCUCCACCAUGAGCCAUUUCUCAGAGUCAGAGGACGCCUUCAGCGACGGCUCCAACGGCGCGCACAUCCGCAUCACUCGCGCAAGACCGUCUUCUCCAAGCGCCAGCAACGGCGCCGUGGCUCCACACGUCCCUCGUGUCAUCCGCACGGCGGCGGCCGCCUCGCGCUCCACGGCCGCGUCCCGCCCCGGCUACAGCCCCAAGGUGUCCGUGGACAUGGCCGUCGCGCACAGCUGGGCGCCCUACACCGCCGUCGUCAGCACGCUCCGCUCCGUCUCCCUCCUGGCCCUCAAGGGUAGCGUCCGCGAGGAGGCGAGGGAGGCGGUCGCCGGCCUGUACGCACACCCUACGCCGUUCGGCGCCGCCCAGCGGUUCCCGGCGGGCGAGGUGUACGUGUGCCUGGACCGCUCGCCGUUGGCCCGGACGAUGCACGGGAUCCAGGAGUCGCUGAUGAAGGCGGAGGCGGGGUACGGUGACAAGUGCGUCAGCGCAUGCUCCAGCUGCAUCUACGGGAUCGGCAGCGCCCUCGAGGAGCUCACGCGCGCCACGCGCGACGACGACGGCGGCGCCCCUGUUCUGUAUGACCGUGAGGUCUUCGAGUCCGCCUUCCUGCUCACAUGGACCGAGCCGUGAGCCGACUGCCGUGCAGGAGCUACGCACACAAAUACAAAUAGUUAAGGCGGGCCUACAUAUGCCUCGAGUUUUGUAUUCGUGUAAUAAAGAUCAUAUUUUUGAACACGGAUCAAAUUUCCCUGAGAUCAAAA